CCCGUGUUGAACAUUAACAUCUUCUGACGUUAGCUACAAAAAGGAGCGCUGAAACAGACACGUUAUCUCAUUCAGCUGCCGGUCAAAGAUGGAUCUACAGAUCUCGGGUUUUCUUCUGUUCGUUCUCUUCACUGCAGGACACUCUUUCAGCUGUUAUAACUGUGACACUAUGACGGGCUCUUGUGUGAAUCAAACGGUACAGAACUGCACCUCUCCAAGUCCCAAGUGCGGAAGUAUAACAUCGGUGUCAGAAACUGGUAGCGUCAAGGUCGACAUGAAGCUUAAACAAUGUGUUGGCGACUGCGUGAAUGGGUCCAUGAACGUCGGUAUUUUGAGGACGUCUUCAGUUUGCUGUGACACUGACCUUUGUAACUUCCACGACUCUCCAGACCCCAACUCUCUUCCCCCCAAUGGGAAGAAAUGUUACUAUUGUGAUUUGGAGAGCUGCUCGAACACAUUGAGCUGCACAGGGAUUGAAGACCACUGCUAUACAGGAUCAGGGUUUAUUGACGGCAGGUAUAUGAUUCUAAAAGGCUGUUUGUCUAAAUCUCUUUGUGAUUCCCCUGAAUUGGUUAAAGAUGGUGAGACCACGUGUUGCUCUGAGGACCUGUGUAACGGUGUUUAGAGCGUCUCUCAGAGCUUCCUGUUCCUCUUCUGUUCCCUGCUCUCCUUCAUCCUGCUGCACUGAACAUUGUCUCUGUAUGCAUUUGUGAUGUCCAAAUGUCUGAUGUGAUAUUUAUGAUAUAACAUAGUAAAUCUGCUUUUCUUCCUGCAGAUCAUUCAAUGUUUAAUUAAAGCGUAUAAUGCGUUUUUCUUAACGAUAAAAACAUCUUUUUAGUUAAUGCUAUAGACUCACAUUUCUUCUAUAAUACCGUAUAAAGCUUAAAAUGAACUGUAUAGGUCACAAACUGCCAUUAGAUAAAAUAAUUAACAUCA